UUAAAACAGUAAUUCAGUUACAGCAAAACCACACGGGCGUAAGAACCUUCGGUGAAAACCGCAAUAUUUACUCCGGUCUUUAGUGGAACGCCGAAAAAAAAGAGAUUUCGCUAUGAAUUUCAUGUUCGUAUUGCUUCUUUCGUGUGUCUUCGCGAGCUGUGUCACCUCGACUGUAAUGAAGAAAGUCGAAAAUGACAAAACGAUGGCUUUGAGCGAAGAGAUCUCCCGUAAAGAAGUCAACGAAGAUGCGAAUAAUCUCCUGUUUGAAGAUUCAGAAAAGGUGCAGCGGGAUGAGACCAAAGAUGACGAAGCGGUUCAAGGAAGAUUUGGUCGGGAAGGCCUCCUAAAUCAGGGGCGUUUUGGUAGGGAGAUGAGCAGUAGCGAUUCAAAGAGUUCGGAACAAGGUCGCUUCGGUAGAGAAUUCGCUGAUCAAGGUCGAUUUGGACGAACGGACCAAGGAAGAUUUGGGCGCGAAGAUUUGACGAAUGAUCAAGGACGGUUUGGUCGAGGGAAAGAAAACAUGCUCCAAGGUCGAUUUGGAAGAGAGAACGAACAGGGAAGAUUUGGUCGAGAUGAAACUGACAAUGAUGUUUUCGAACUUCAAGGUCGUUUUGGGAGAAAGUACGAGAAACAAGGACGGUUCGGAAGAGAGUUCUCGGACAAGCAAGGACGGUUUGGGCGGGAAAACGAGGAGCAAGGACGGUUUGGGCGGGAGAAUGAGGAGCAAGGACGGUUUGGAAGAAGAUUAUUAGAAGUGAAUAAUCAAGGGAGAUUCGGGCGAGAAGAAAAAGAUGAACAAGGACGGUUUGGGAGAGAGCUUUCAGCUGAUGACGAGAUCUCGGAUAGCCAAGGGCGGUUUGGCAGAGAAUAUUCAAAGAAAAACGAACAAGGACGCUUCGGGAGAGAUUUUGAAGAAAACAAGGAUCAAGGUCGCUUUGGACGUGAAUCAUCUGAAAGUAAGAAUCAAGGAAGAUUUGGUCGAGAAUAUUCGGAAAGUGAAGAACAGGGGCGCUUCGGUCGUGACUCGAUUUAUCAAGGUCGUUUUGGUCGUAUGAUUCGUGAUUUAUUAAAACAUGAGGGACGUACGUUUGACAAGAAAUAGAUUCAAUAAUAAAUUAUCUGCAUUGGCAAAGGUAUACAUAGACAAUCUAAACAUGAUAAAUACUGUGUCUAUUAAAAUGAAAUUGUAUAAUUUUAUCUUCAAAAAUAUGAUAGAAUAUAAUUGUUGUGCAAAUUUUCCCGAUUGCGGGAGAUUUAGUGUUACGAAACCUAUACUUGAUUUUAAAUCAUCGAAUUUGUGAAUUUUAAUAGCAGUAAAACCACAGCGUGGAGUGA